GUCCAUCUGGUCCUGGUAGCUACUGCUGCUGUAGCGCUACAGCAGCAAAGAAAGUGAUGAAAGGGAACGGAAUCAUUUAUGAUGAGAAUCAUAAUCAUGAACAGUGACCCACUACCGGAAGCAGGAGUGUUAGCGCACCUAUUGAAAUGCUCAUCCAGACAGGCCACCACAUUUUGGGCCAUCAUCGUCUACAAGCAUGACAGGAAGCAAACGACUAUUAGGAGAAUACACCCAAACAAGUAUCAACGUUCAAGGCGCUUGCUGGAAAGGGGCGUAUCGGUUGACCGGCAAACAUACUGCAAAGGUGUCUAGUGCUUCGGUGUCUAGCAUUGCAACGUGCACGUUGGAAUGAAAGUAACCAACUCGUCGACGGAGCGCCGUACUGCGUCCGAAUACCAGAGUGGCAGCAUAUUUCGCGGUUGCUCCGUCGAAAGCGGAGCGGUGGUACCGAUGGCACCAUCGAAGCUGAACUACCGUAUCUCCGUGCUGACGUUCUUUGCGAAGGCACACCCGAACGAUGAAUGCUGCGGUACGAACGGGUUACCAUUGACGCCCAACUCGAUUGGCAUUUUUGGUCGCGCACAGCUGUUGAAAUCCGAUGCACUAAGGCACGAAAAUCUGUGCACCUAUCUCGAUGCGAUUCGGGGCAAGCACGAACGGACUAUAAUCGUGCAGGAGUACGUCGGUUGCCCAUUGUCGGAAACAUUCAUCGGCGAAAACAAUAAGCAGGAAACGUUACUGCGUAUCGGGUAUCAGGUGCUGAGUGCACUGGCCCAUCUAAAUCAGUGUGGGCUAGUAUGCCGCAAUCUCGACCCGAGCAACAUAAUGGUUAGCCGUGACUUUGGUGUAAAGUUGUACAACUACGGACUUUACCAUAUGACGUGCGGCGGUCGGUACGUGUCGUUCCCGAUAGGAAAUGUUCGAUACCUUGCACCCGAAGUGCUGCUGGGCAGUCGGGAAAACGUGAAGAGCGAUGUGUGGAAUUUGGGCAUCGUACUGGCCGAGCUGGCGCUUGGCUGUACGCUCUGGGAGUCGCUAAAGCUGUCCCAGAUCAUCCGCAAGGUGCUUAGCCUCGUCAACACGCAGAAUGUGUUCGAAAAGAUUGCCCGCGAACACAACAGGCUCGAGGUGUACGAGGCGAUGGACGCUGGUCUGCGACGCAUCGUGGAGGAAUGUCUCACCAUUUCGCCACGGAAACGUCCCCUAGCGAAGGAAGCGCUUGACGAUCCGGUGUUUGAUUUUGUGCGGCUUUGCAAUUCACCAACGGCCGAUAGCAGUGGACUUACGUUGGUGGAGAAGCAUCUAUCGCUUAGCCAGAUUUACUAUCUUUGGCAGCUGGCCGGUGGAGAUGUGCAGCAGGAAUUGAAAAAGGAAGGUCUCAUCAAGAGUGAGGCACCGAUACUUUCGCUACCCAACUUGGUAAUGCUGAAUGGUAAAUCAAUCUCACCACCGAAGAGCCAAAGCUUCCUGCACGACAAUCGUAUCAUCUUCCUCAACUUUAACACACUCCUCGAGCGGCUUUCCGCCAUCCCGGAGGAGGAUUAUCUGCCGUUGAUUUACAACACGGACGCGUACCUCGAAUCGCCCAUAUUCAAAACCGAACUACCGCUUGUGAUACGCGAGCGGGACAUGAUUUAUCAGUUCCAUCGGAUCGUGCUGCUUAACACGCUGCUGCAGGGCUAUCCGUACACGCACGAUCUGUUGCGCUCGUUUGCCGCCAAAGAUAUACCGCCGUUGUUCCGCGGUCAGGUUUGGGCCUGCCUGCUCGGGGUGGUCGAGAAUGGGAUGUACGAGCGGUUGGACAAGUGCAGCCCGACGCACACGGACCGGCAGAUAGAGGUAGACAUACCGCGAUGUCAUCAGUACAACGAGCUGCUAUCCGCACCGGAAGGACACUCGAAGCUUAAGCGCUUGCUAAAGGCAUGGGUUUCAGCACAUCCGCAGUACGUUUACUGGCAGGGUCUAGAUUCGCUCACCGCACCAUUCCUGUACCUGAACUUCAACAACGAGAAACGUGCGUUUCUCAGCCUGUAUAAGUUCAUACCGAAGUAUCUGCAUCUAUUCUUCCUGAAGGACAACUCGUCGAUCAUUAAGGAGUAUCUGGUGAAGUUCUUUCAGUUGAUAUUCUUCCAUGAACCAGCGCUAGCUAAGCACCUUCACGGCAUCAACUUCAUACCAGAGUUGUACGCGAUUCCGUGGUUUUUAACAAUGUUUAGCCAUGUUUUUCCACUUCAUAAAAUAUUUCAUCUCUGGGACAAAUUGAUAUUGGGUGACAAUUCGUAUCCACUCUUUAUCGGCAUUGCUAUACUGAAGCAGCUCAAGAGCACACUGCUGAAAUCGGGCUUUAACGAGUGCAUCCUGCUGUUUAGCGAUUUGCCCGACAUUGUGAUUGAAUCGUGCGUCAAUAACUCGGAAACGAUGUACCAGUUCACACCGAAAAGCAUCACGUAUCGGAAGUACGCCCUGCACGAGGAAGGACCGGAAGAGUUUGAUCUUAACUACACAGAAGACGAUCUGCGUGAGGUGCAGGCGGAGCUACAUCCACGCAUCAGCGUGUACGAUCUGAUACGGUUGCUGCGCGAUCGGCCUGCCAGCACCGCCAUACUCGACAUUCGCAGUAGUCUCGACUACCGCAAGGUAGCGAUUGAGAACAGCAUCAACAUACCGUUCAGCUCCGUCUCGCUGAAGGAGCCACGGCUCGAUACGCUGAAUGUACCACGGCUGGAAGCGUACCUGCGCCGGCAGCCCAUAAUAACGAUCAUCGUCAGCGUGUCCCACGAAAAUGCGAUGUUGUUUGCGAAGUUUCUGGUGGACAGUGACGUACCGUAUGUGGCCGUACUGCACCGUGGCUUUGAAGCGAUCUAUCGGACGGACGAUAAGUUAAUACUGCAAACGUUCGAUUACAUAAACACACUCGCGAAACAUCUAACACCGAUCGCAUCGUUCACCGAGUGAAAUCGUAUAUCGUAAGUAGUGUCUUACGCUGUGGCAUCCAUUCCUUAUAGUCCCACACGCGAACGACAGUGUAUCAGACUAGAAUCUACUGAAACGAAGAAGUUUAUUUAUGCGUUACGGAAGGCAUAUAGAUAUUAUUUCGAUUAGGAAAAAUCCCUCCUUUCACCAUCCCGCUGUGUGUAAAAGUUUUGUGUUUAUUUUUGUUUAGAUUUCAUUUUCAAAGUGUAAAGAAGAGCGUUACUCAUUUAUAAUUCAUAUUUGAGCAGUUAACCGAGAAUCAAUUAAACAAAUCGUGUACAACAAAAGGCAUCACAAUGUUUCUGCCCAAUUUCGGAGGCUUACAAUACAGUUCGGAAUAGGUUCGAACACAAACAAGAUUAACCGGAAUAGCCUUGCCUUCAAUUUAAAUCAUUUUUUAAGUAGAACAAUAUGGCACCGAAAAUGUCAAUGUAUUUUACCAGAAAACGCAAAGCUCAACAGGUUCUAGAUAUCGAACACGAGACACAGAAUCUAUCGAGAACAAACAGAGAAUAUAUAAACAGUGCAAUAGUAACACAAAUACUCUAUAGAAUUAGGGUCUGGUGCCUGUCGCUCAAUCAGCAACUGAACGAAAUAUGAUACCAAAACAUAAAUAGUAGUCAAUUUGCAAAAUUAUCCAUCAA